AUGGCAGGCACACGCUCUUCGACACGUAAUGGCAGCAACAACUCGAGCCCAGCUAAGAACAACGAUACUGCAGUAGCUGGAACCAAGCGAAAGCCUGAUACAGACGCCGAUGCUGAGACCUCUCCCAAACGUGGUCGGAAGACCUCCAGAAACCAGCCAACUAUCGACAGCAUGCUCGAUAAUAAGCCCAAAGAUAACAAGGACGACGGCAAGAAGGCCGAAGACGACACUGAGAUGCAAGAAGCCGCACAAGACGUGGUGAAUGAUGCCGAGAACGAGAAAGCUGAAGCACAACCGGGCGAGCAGCCAGCGAAGAGCGAGAGCGACAGAGGCACGGAAGCAAAGGACACAAACGGUCAAGAAGCUGACGGCAAGACGGAUACGUCUUCGGUCAACGAGACUGAGGAGGCGACAAAGCCUGAAGUCAAUGCUGACGGCGCUAUCAAAGAGUCGUCACAGCGCGAGAAGAAGAUACCAUCAAAUAUCCUCGAGAAGGGGGUCAUUUACUUCUUCACACGCAAUCGCGUCAGCGUCGAUGAGGCUGAGAGUGUUGGCGACCUCCAGCGUACGUUCUUCGUUCUCCGACCUCUGCCCACAGGUGCCAAACUAGGUGAUGGCGCUGUUCAGGAUCUCAAGAACAACCGUUUGUUCGCUUUACCCAAGAAGGUGUUCCCCAAGUCUCAGAACGAUCGCUUCAUGGCUUUCGUCGAGAAGGCGAAUACAAGCAUCCAAGACCUGAAGGACAACUUCUUCCAGGGUGCCGAAUACAACACACAAACACAAGGCACUCGCCACACUGACCCUGUCACCCCCGUCGCAGAGGGUGUAUACCUCAUCACCCGGACUGAGGACGCUACUACCCAUCUUGUGUAUUCGACCACUAUCCCAUCCGAGAUCGGCGAAGUUCAGGAGGACCUCGGCAUCAAGGACCAGGGUAGCUUCGUCAUCAGCGUAAAGAAUCCCGAGCGCAGUGGCCCAGCGAGCGCUUCCCUUCCUCAGAAACCUGACUUCUCCAAGGAGAUUAUUGAGGAGUUCCGCGGCCUUGCCUGGGCCGAGGUCAAACCCAAAUACCUCGAUCAUGAGUACUGCCAAAUCUUACUCAUUGGUGAGAAUACUGACAAGGCUGUCGAGCCUACAAAGAAGAAUGAGAAGCAUGACAAGGAGACGCCGAAAGAAGAGAUCGAGCAGCUUGAGCACGAAGACGAGCUUCGAGUUCAGCAUCUCAAGGGUGACGAUUCGGUCUUCGAGGACUUGAAGAUCAGCAAGGACGAAUACCCCAAGCUGCCGACCACCUGGUAG